AGGACCAGACCAGGACCCAGCAGGACUCACCAGGACCAGACCAGGACCCAGCAGGACUCACCAGGACCAAAACAGGACCCAGGAGGACCAGACCAGGACCCAGCAAGACCCAGCAGGACUGACCAGGACCAGAGCAGGACCCAGCAGGACUCACCAGGACCCAGCAGGACCCACCCCCUGCCCCCUGAUGUUUUCUCCCCAGAUUCGCCGGCUCCUGGCCCUGCUGGCCCCCGAGCGCGGGCGCUGGACGCUGGUGGGGGGGCUGAUGUCGGCUUCUGCCCUCGGUGAGGUGGCUGCCCCGUACUUCACGGGCCGUGUCACUGACCGGGUGACACAGGAGGACGCGACAGCGGCCGUGUGGCCCCUCGUGCUGGUGAGGCUCGGCAGUGCCAUCGCCGAGCUGGCGUGUGACGGCGCGGCGGCCGUGGCGCUGACGCGGGCGCGGGAGCGGCUGCAGCGGCGAGCGGUGGCCGCGGUGCUGCGCGGGGACGUGCCCGGGCCCGGGGGCCGCCUGGGGGACACGCCGGGCGCGGUGGCCGAGCGGGUGACAGGGGACGCCGGCGCGGCGCACUCGGCGCUGGCCGAUACGGUGGUGCCGUGGCUGUGGGAGCUGACACGGGCCGUGGCGCUGCUGGCCACGGUGGCCUGGCUGUCCCCGCUGCUGGGCUUGCUCACCCUCCUGGCACUGCCCCUCUUCCUGCUGCUGCCACGCGCCGUCGGAGCCAUCCAACGGGACCUGGCCCGGCAGGUGCGGGUGGCAGAGGCCAGCACCACUGCGGUGGCCCUGGAGUCACUGGGGGCCAUCGGGACCGUCCGAGCCUUUGGGCACGAGGCCGGUGUCACCGCCUGGGUCCGGCAGCGCCUCGCCCAGCAGCACCAGCUGGAGAAGAGGGAGGCACUGGCCUACGCAGCUGGGUGCUGGGCCAGCGGGUUCCCUGCACUGGCUCUGAAGCUGGCAGUGCUCCUCUUGGGUGGACACUUGGUGGCUGCAGGGACUGUCACCCCUGGGGAGCUGGUGGCCAUCCUCAUGUGCCAGCUACACUUCACCAGGGCUGUGGAGAGCGUGCUCCGGUACCUCCCGCACCUGGCCAAGGCUGUUGGAUCCUCUGAGACACUCCUGGAGCUGCUGGAGCAGGCCAGGACGGUGGCACCAGCAGGGCCACUGUCACCUGUCACCCCCCGGGGCCAUGAGGCCACAUGGACUCCAGGCCUGUGCCUCAAGGAUGUCUGGAUGUCAUACCCUGGGCGGCCCGAGCCAGUCCUCAAGGGGGUGUCGCUGUCGCUGCGCCCCGGGGAGGUCGUGGCCGUGCUGGCGCCCCCUGGCGGCGGGAAGAGCUCGCUGGUGGCGGCGGCGCUGGGGCUGCGCCCCCUGGCGGGCGGGGCGGUGCUGCUGGACGGGAUUCCCCUGAGCCCUCGCUCGGACCCCGCUCUGCGACAGCAGGUGGCUGGUGUCCCGCAGUGCCCGUCCCUCUUCUCUCGCUCCCUCAGCGCCAACAUCACGCUGGGCUGGGGACACAAGGAGGGGACACAGGUGAUGGCAGCGGCACAGCGGGUGGGGGUGCACACCUGGGCCACGCAGCUGCCCCGUGGCUACGACACAGAGGUGGGCCCGCGGGGGAUGCAGCUGUCAGGGGGACAGGCCCAGGGGGUGGCGCUGGCGCGGGCGCUGCUCAGGACCCCCCGAGUGCUGGUGCUGGAUGAGCCCACGCGGGCACUCGACCCCGUGAUCCGGCUGCAGGUGGAGCAGGAGCUGCUGCGUGCCGGCGGCGCCGGGCCGGGGGACGGGCCGGGGGACGGGCCGGCGGUGCUGCUGGUCACGGGGCGGCUGGCACUGGCCCAAAGGGCUCCCAGGGUGGCCCUGCUGGAGGGGGGCCGGCUGCGGGAGCUGGGGAGCCCCGAGGAGCUCAGGAGCCUCCCGUGGGGGACAGCGGGGGACACGGGCAGUGGGGAGGGGGACACGGGAGAUGGAGACUGA